UUGGUGCUUCUGCUGUUGUCGGAAGUGCCCCUAUUUCCUGUCGGAAGAAGAUAAAGCUGCUGUUGUGUUAGAUAAAGAAAUCAACAAAAUACUAAGAGACCAGAAAAAGCGAGACAGGAUGGAGCUGAAGUUACUUCUACUAGGUGAGUUACUCUGUGGCCCACACAGCUUUGUUUACACUGGAUGACCGUUUGGUGGAGAACGUGGGGGAGGGGAGCAGAGCCAUAAUGAGGGAUUUAUGCAUUUUAGCCAAAGGGGAGGAAGGAAGAUGGGUCUCCCCCAAAUCUCUGUUGUCCAAAGGUUUCCUUCACUCCUGCUCUCCAACCCUCGUCAGGCCUGCAUUGCAGAAACUGCUUUUGCUGUCGUAUGGGAGAAUUGUUGCAGAUGACUACCGGGCUUGCUCCAAGAGGAGCAUACGGCCUUCACCAGUCCCUGCUGUUCAAGAAAGAGGAUUUCAAACUGGAACAGGUUCAGAGAAGGGCUACCAGGAUGGUCAGGGGACUGGACGGCCUGUCUUAUGAGAGGAGAUUAAGAGAGCUUGGCUUGUUUAACCAGCAAAACAAAGGCUGAGCGGGGAUUGGAUUGCUCUCCCUAAAUACAUCAGGGGGCGGGGGUGUGUGUGUGUAAAAGCCAGGGAGGUAUUUAAGCUAAAGGAGAAUAUUAGCCAAAGGACAAAUGGGGUAAACUGGCCAUGAAUCAACAUAGUCUGGAGAUGAGAAGGAGGUUUCUAACCAUCGGGGGAGGAAGCUUCUAGAACAGCCUCCCGAGGGGAGUAAUGGGGGCAAACAACCGAACUAACUUGAAGACGGAGCUUGAUGAGUCUAUGAAUGAGAUUCUAUGAUGGGGUGACCUGGGAUUAGCAGGGGACUGGACUGGUGGCCAGGAGGCCCCUUCCAGCCUAUGGAACCAGCCUUGGUCUCAGAUCCCUUGUGUAAUAGGACAGAGCUGGCUGGCAUUCCCCGCUGGUGUGCCCUUCAGUGCCGGAGAAAGGAAGAAUUGGCCCGACAGUCCCAGAAUCUGAAGUCUCCAGGCAUCUCCAGGGCUGGCAGGAGAGCUCAGGCUUCAGAACCCCUGCAAUCCUUGUCCUCUCUGCUGAGGCUUUUCCACAUGGAAGAGAAUUGGGAGGCUCCCCAGAAGGGAAAUGCACGUCUCCUGCAGCCUCAUGGAGAGACAGCAAUAGGAUAGUUAAAAUGGGGAAGGGGCACGUGAUCCCCCUCCUUGAUGGAGGCAUUUAUGUCACAGACCAUUUCCUGUCGCCACCUCCCCUGGUCAAACAGUCUGUGGGCUAUGAAGUACCUGCCCCUUGACUCUCGAUGGUGGACGAGCCUCAGGUUCCCCACUAGGUUCAUGACCUCAGCUCCCCGAGGAAGUCUAAGGUCUCUCUCCUGUCUGAGGCCAACAGGCGCUGGGGAAAGCGGGAAGAGCACGUUCAUCAAACAGCUGCGGAUAAUCCACGGGGCGGGCUAUUCAGAAGAGGAUCGCAAAGGCUUUGCCACGCUGGUGUAUCAGAACGUCUUCGCCUCCAUGCAGGCCAUGAUCGGAGCCAUGGAGACUUUGCAGAUCCCUUAUGCCCAGCCAGAGAAUGUGGAAAACGCCAAGCUGGUCAUGGGGGUGAACGCUUCGAAGGUGGCGGCCUUGAUCAGGCCGUACGCAAACGCCAUUGAAAGCCUAUGGAGGGACGCGGGGAUCCGGACCUGCUACGAGAGACGGCGGGAGUAUCACUUACUGGACUCGGCCCCGUAUUUUCUGUCCAGCCUGGAGCGUAUCGCAGAGGACAGUUACAUCCCCACAGCUCAGGAUGUCCUGAGGAGCCGCAUGCCGACGACCGGCAUCAGUGAAUACUGCUUCUCCAUGCAGGAGAUGAUCUUAAGGAUUGUGGAUGUGGGUGGGCAGAAGUCGGAGCGCAAGAAGUGGAUACACUGUUUCGAAAACGUUAUUGCCCUGAUCUACCUGGCUUCCCUCAGCGAGUACGACCAGUGCCUGGAGGAGAAUAGCGAGGAGAAUCGGAUGAGGGAGAGCCUGGCCCUGUUCAGAACCAUCCUGGAACUGCCCUGGUUCCAGAGCGCCUCCGUGAUCCUCUUCCUCAACAAAACCGACCUCCUGGAGGACAAGAUCACCCACUCGGACCUGGCUGCCUACUUCCCUAGCUUCCCAGGACCCAAGCGAGAUGCGGAGGCGGCGAAGAAGUUCAUUCUGGAGAUGUACGUGGACACCUACAAGCGAUGCUCCGCUGUCCACUGCGACGCAGGGCAGAGACCCUCCAUGAUGGCCUCCAAAUCCAGGUGCCUCUACCGCCACUACACCUGUGCCACGGAUACGCAGAACAUCCGCAAGGUUUUCAAGGACGUCAGGGAUGUGGUCUUGGUCGGCUAUUUGGACGAGAUCAACCUGCUGUGAUGGGAAGGGCUCAGGCCAGGUUCGUGCCCGGCAGUAACAUAUCAGUGCUUGGCGUUGCCAGUUCACAAGGAGACGAAUCAGCGGACGUUGGCUGCUGCUGCUCGUAAAACACACGUGGAAUGUUCCCUGAUGCUGUGUUUGGACAGGCGCCGGCCUGGUGCUGGGAGCGUGUGAGGGGAACGGUCUCACUUAAUGCCGCCUCGGCUCAGAGGUCUGUGAAGCUGCCUUUCUCACGGCGUCCUGCCAGAGUCCCUGCGAGGCUGCCUGCAAAGCGCCAUCUCAGGCCUUUCUCAGGGGUCAGUUUUACCCCUUUCUGUGGGAGAUGGGCCCAGCACUGACUGGGGAUUGGCUCCUAUGAUGGCGUGUAGCUUCUUCAAGGGCUGUUUUCUCCAUCCCUUCGUGCUGGUGGAGGGGCUGCUUCUUGCCGGGACGCUGGGCCCAGUUUUGUUUUUAUUGUCAGGGGUUUUUUCAUGUGGAUUUAGCCCUAGGAAUAGGUGCUGGAUUGAGAGUCCUGGAGACCAAACUUCCCUGUUGAUCCACAGGCCCAGGGUAGCCUUCCCCAGCACUGCCCAGUCAAAGUCCUGCCCCUCUGACCUACGGGGUCACCUUUAAGGAUGAGAGGGGAGUUCGACCACCGUGGCUCAUUCAGUCGUUGGCCUCCUCUGCUUUCCUGCAGGGCAAAUAGGUAGUGACUCCAGCUCAGCGGGAGACGAGAAGGCACAACUGCUGGUUGGACUCUGCCGGGAAGCUGCCGUGUGUGUGUAAUCCUUCCAGUUCCCAGGAGUCUCUAGCGUAGCAAGGCAUCAUGGGGGACGGCACCUCAUGUUCUGAUGCUCAGAGGAAGGCGUGAGCAGUGAUGUGAGCGAGUGUCUCUUCUGGCAGGAGGACAACCACCUCCCGGAGAAGGAGUGGGAACUUCUCCAGAGGGAGCUGGAGCAGGUGUCUGGUCCCACCGUCCGCAAAACCAUCUCCCCAGACAGGAGACCCAGCGUGAGCCUCUGAGCGCGGGCAUUCAGCCAGAGCGGAGGGGUGAAUUGAAUAGGGACUGUUGUGAAGGCCAAUUUAUGAAGCAAUCUUUAUGGGGUUGGGGGGAAAUUAUGUUAACCCCCCAAUCAAUUCUCUUAUAGUUUUCUGCAGUUCUCUUCCUUCUGGUAUCUGCAAACCACACUACAGCACCUCCUUAAAGAUCCUUCUAGUUCAGUGGUUCUCAAACGUUUGUAUGGGUGACCCCUUUCAGACAGCAAGCCACUGAGUGUGACCCCCCCCUAUUAUAAAUUCAAACCACAUUUUUUUAUAUUAAACACUAUUAUAAAUGCUAGAGGCGAAGCGGGGUUUGGGGGUGGAGGCCGACAGCUCGCGACCCCGCCACGUAAUAACCUCGCAACUCCUGGAGGGGACACAACCCCCAGUUUGAGAACCUCUGUCUAGUUCAUACGUUUGCAUUGAUACGGGCUUUCUGCUGAAAUGUGAAAUAAAGAGAA